AUGUGUGCAAAGCAUUGCGGCCACCAAGCAAUCAAGUUUGGCCCUCUGCCUGGCCCACUGGAUAGCAGCUCCGACGGGGCUCGCUUCAGUUUGCGUGCCAUGCCUGCCGCUCGGUUGAUGGAAAGGAGCGAUGCACUUCUUAUUUCUAGCACAAGAGAGCCGUGCAUUAGCUAUGCAACAGCCAAUCACAUCCGUUUCAAAUCAAAUGAAUCCAAUUCGCUCGAAUCCUUUGAAUCCGCGCUGAGAGCCUGGCAGAGCUUUCUCAUGUUGGCCCAAAAGAUCGAAGUGCGAACAAACCACAAACCUUUAUCGAACAAAGAGCUACAAGUCUCGAUAUCGAAGAAGUUAUAG